GAAAUUCAAAUUUCCAGUAAACCCCACUCUGCCACUUUCCCCCAAAUCCCAAACCAACGGCACACACAGACACAGUUCUUCUUCCUUCCCACAUCCGUCAUCCCAAAAAAGUUACAAUCUUUCGCUGUGAUUCUCGCACGAAUGAAGCAGCCAGUGUUCUCGUCAACUUCCUGGAGCCGAAUCCACCGGCGGGAAGGAAACUCCAAUACCUCCAACUCGUCGACGAAGAAGAAGAAAGAAGGAAGAGAAGAACAGGGGAACAGCAGUGGCAGUAAUAAUAGAAACCCAUUUCAAGAUCUCAGCAAUGGCGGCAGCUUCACUGAUGUCAAUAGCAGCAUUGUGACAGUUGGUUCUUCUUCUUCUUCGGUUUCCUCCAUCGAAGCUCCUAAAGGCUGUCUCAGAGUCUAUGAACAUAAGCCGUGAUGGUGAUGCUCUAUUUCAAUCGGAUGACUCUGAUUGGACACAAUGUUACAAAAACCAACUGUUCAAGGUAUAGAUUCAUAAUCAGCCUCAUUGUUCUGUCAAUUGUAGUAGUUCUCAAAGCAUCAACUUGUUGUAAUCUUCUGCUGUUAUAGACCGCACACUGUAUUUGUUCCUCGGAUUUUCAAUCAUCUUAGAU